AAUAAAAACAGACAGACAGGUUGACCUAGUUACUUGAACACACAGGCUGCGACUAUUUAGAACCAUCAAAGACAAGAGGUAGCUCAGCUCGGACAUCUUUGAAUCGAAGAAUCAAUGAAGGCGAAGAAUUUCCGGAAAAGAGGGACAGCAUACGAAGGAGAAGACGAUCAAGGUAUCCAAACUAAUGUCUCAGACGAUGAAGGGGAAAGGAGAUUGGUGUUAGAAGAGGUGAAAUUCCUUCAGAAACAGAGGGAGAAGAAGUCUGGGAUUCCCGCGAUACCUACAACAGCAGCAGCAGCAGCAGCAGCGCAGGGCGCGGUUGUCGCCAGCUGCAGUGGCGGUUUAGUUCCCAACAAAGCAAGCGAGAAGAACGAAGGGGAUGGGGAGAAAGACGAAUUGGUCUUGCAGGAUACCUUCGCUCAGGAAACUGCUGUCAUGGUCGAAGACCCCAAUAUGUUGAGAUAUGUAGAACAAGAGUUGGCAAAGAAACGGGGGAGGAAUAUUUCAGCAAAUCAUGCUGAGAAUGAAAUAAAACACGCAGAGGAUGAAUUAUACAACAUUCCUGAGCAUCUUAAAGUGAAGAGGCGAAACUCAGAAGAAAGCUCUACUCAGUGGACUACUGGGAUUGCCGAGAUUCAGCUCCCUAUUGAGUACAAGCUAAGAAACAUAGAGGAAACAGAGGCUGCCAAAAAGCUCCUACAGGAAAAGAGGCUUACUGGGCGGAUUAAAACAGACUCUAGCAUCCCCUCAAGUUAUAGUGCAGAUUAUUUCCAACGCGGCAGAGACUAUGCUGAAAAGCUUAGAAGAGAACAUCCUGAGCUGUACAAGGAGAGAGGUGCAGAGAGUAGUAGUCAAGAACCUAAACCAAAUGAGUCUGGUACUGAUGCAGCUGGACGAAGGCAAGCUGCGACAGAUGAGUUUAUGCUUGAGCGCUUUCGCAAAAGAGAACGCCAUCGUGUUAUGCGAAGAUAACAUUCAGUUGCAUGUUCGAUGCAUCUCUUCCUUUUGUCCAAGUCCAUAUCCAACCUGUGCAAUGGUUCAUCUCUUUUAUCCUAGCUUAUUUGGCAGUCAGCGACAAAGACAAAUAAUGUGUACAUUGAGAAAUAAAAAAUCGUAUCUGCUGCUAUAGGUUAAUUCAUUCACCAACAUGAUGGACCUUGGACGUGUGUCAUUUCUGUAGCACCAGGAAAAAAAAUGGUGGUGACUGAAUUUAGACCAGUAUUCUUGAAGUUGAUGUCAUUCCACUUCAUUAUACAUGUUUCUCAAACUAGAAUUUAUGGGUUGAUCUUCCGUCA